CCUAACUACACUCUACAGCAUCCAAUCCAAGGUAGUCCCGCAGUCCCACGUAACCAAAUCUGCGGGACUUUUCAUUAUCUCCCGCAGGAUCUGUAACUUAGGGUUAAGGGGUUUAGAGCUUUGCGAGUAUCUCUUUGUAGUGAAGUACCUGUGUUAAUUCGGAUUUUGGGUUUGGGUCUGAUGGUUCACAAUUCUACGUGCUUUCAUCAUGGAUUUCUCCAAAUCCUUGGUUUCCUUUUCCCUAAAAACCAGUUGUAGAAUAAAUAAUUGUCUCAGAAGCCCUCUGAGACUGAAAUCUCUUUGAAUUCUCCCGCAAAUUAGGGUUUUUAGGGUUUGACUGGUUUUGUAUUUUCACUGAUAAUGAAUUUAACCAAUUCCAUGCUUUUUUCAAUCAAGAGUAACCUUAGAAGCGCUAGUUUGAAAGCGCUCUGCAAUCUCAGGUACAUUUUCUUAAGAAGUUACAGGGAUGCUUGUCCUCAGAGAAAGCAGGUAGGAUCAAAUCUAGGGCUUGUGUUAAAUGAAGUUGCAGAUAUUCAAGCCAUAAAGCGAUCUGGGCAAGAAGAAGAAGAGGAUGAAGAUGAUUUAGAAGAAGUGAAAGGCCUGAUCGGUGAUUUUCCAUUUGAAGCCAAUAGAGUUGCAGAGAUUAGUCGUCUAUGGCCGGAAUGGUUGGAGCUUAUGGAUCUUCUCUAUGAAAAAGGCUAUAUCAUGGGGAAUUCUGGUUCUAACAAGAAUGAAUUUGGCGAUUCAAAGAACGUUUUUGGAGACUCAAAUAGGGUUCGAACUGCUUGCCUUAAUCUUGCAAGGGAUCGUUACGAUAUCAUGAGAUACUUGUCUCGGAAAGACAUUUAUGCGAUUGCUGCAUGUGGAUGCCCUAGCUUGGACAGGAAAGUCGUCAACUCAGGAAAGCGCUUGAGGGCAUAUGUGGGCAUUGAUGAAGGAGAUGCUUGCAGCUCCUGCAGUUUAAGGGGAUCGUGUGAGAGAGCAUAUGUGAAGGCACGUGAAAAUGAAGGUGGGCGAACUGUCGAUGUCAUGCGCAUCCUUUUGACAUAUGGUCUAGAACCCAUUACAGGGUCUGUGGAGAACAAGCCAUGCCUGAACAACACCGUGAGAGCAUCUGUUAGGAGGCUGCUCAAGGAAAUGGUAGUUUCAAGUGCCAAGGAACCUGAACCUGAUGCUUCAGAGUCCAAGCAUUCAGAUCAUCAAAGAGUUCCUAAAGCCCAAGUCAAUGCUCUAUUAAAGCAAGGGGACUGGAUUUGCCCCAAAUGCAACUUUAUGAAUUUUGCAAAAAAUGUCAAGUGCUUGAGAUGCGAUGUUGUUCCUGAAAGGCAUGUGAAUCUGAGAGAGGACGGUGAACCUGUUGGGAUGAAGAAAGGAGACUGGUUUUGUGCCAAGUGCAAUUUCAUGAACUUUGCAAGAAACACCAAAUGCUUCCAAUGUGGUGAGAAACCCCCAAAGAGACAACUUAAUCCAGGGGAAUGGGAAUGUCCAUCGUGCAACUACAUAAAUUUUAGGAGGAACAUGGUGUGUUUGAAAUGUGAUUGGAAGCGCCCAAAGACAUUGAACUGUGGAGAAAAUUCUUUAAGCCCCCAAAACAAGUUUCCAGAAUUUCGCCAGGGGUCCAAGAAAACAUGGUUUGGCAACAAUUGCAAAACAAACAAUUAUCGCUCUGUUGAGGAAGACAAUAAUGGUGAAAGCACUGAAGUGAACUUUUGGGAUAGUGGGGAUGAAGAGAGAGAAAUGGCGCACACGAGCAGAAGGGGCAGACUUGAGUUUGAAGAUUUUCCAGUCAAAGGGGGCAAGAGUACAAUUUCCCAGGAAAGAGAGAGAGAUAAUAGAGAGAGAGAAAACAGAUGGGGCCGUUUGAGCAGUCAUGAGAGGUUUGAUGUGAGUUACAAUGGGUGCAGCAAUAGUGAUGAUGAUGAUGAUGAGAUGGCUGGCUGGUUUGGAAAAUGACUCUAGUUGAUACCAUCCUUGUUGUCAUUGGACAGAGAGAGCGGGGAGUGACUUCUGUCUCAUAAAGAGCAGCUUUGGAAUUCCAGUUACAUAAAGUGCUGCUCUUGCUGGACGAUGGCCAAGGACAAUAGAAUUUAGUUACAUUAAGAACUGACAUCGAUGAAAGAGUAACCAUAUGCAUCAGAAUUUUAUUACAUGAAAGCUAUUGUCAGAAUUCUCGAUCAGUCACCAAGAGACUUGUCCGGAGGUUUUCGAACCAAAUGGGCUUUGUUUGUGUUUAUGAUUAUGUGUUUUUAUCGCUGUAAAUUAUAUGAAUUUUGUUCGAUAUAGGUCUGGGAGCCUGACAUGGAAAAUAGUGAUGUUAGUGUAAGUUUGAGCACAAAUAUUUUCGGGUUUUGCGAGUUUAUUGAAGUUGAACUAGGUGGUGGGGAUGUUUAACUUCUAACAGGGCUCAUGAGAUCAUGAACAUGCAUGGAUUAAUUAUAUCAAAAGCUUGGAACUA